GUAUCUGAAUAAUCUUCAUUUCAGACUCGAAUCUCAGACUGGACGCUGGAACAGAUUCGAGAACGGACUGCCUGUUUUAAUCAAGAUUAGGAGAGAGUGAAUUUUUAUUCCUAGAAUUAAGUGAUAAGUGUAAAACUCUUGAUCUUUAAAAUGUUUUCGCUUGCAUUUUUGUUUUUUAUCGGAGUCGGACAGUUCACAAGUGCUUCACUUCAGCAAACUCUAACUGCAACGACCCAAUCGUCCUCGAGAGUGCGUGCUGGGGCUAAUUCGACGCUAAUCAAUGAUACUGAUUACUGGGAUUAUGACGACUUUGUCCCCUUCCGCGAGGAUCGACACGAUACUUUCGACUGGAAACUACUGAAGGAAGUUCUUCUAGCGGAUUCUUCGAAUAUUAUUGUUUCACCAUUUUCAGUGAAAAUUUUGCUAGCCCUACUGUCAGAAGGUGCCGGAGCAGAGUCCAUAACUAAAAAGGAACUUUCUGCAGUUCUUCCUAACAUUCGUACCCCAACAUUAGCCCGGGAGCUGUACAGGAGGAUUUUAACUUCUUUGAAUGAGCCUAACAAAAACUAUGAACUUCAUGUGGGGACGAAAAUUUUUACCGAUGAAUUCGUCGAACCCCGCCAACGUUUUGCAUCGAUUGCUGAGGCACAUUAUGGUACUACCAUUGACCGUUUGGACUUCAAGAAUGCCAGAGGAGCUUCAGAGCACAUAAAUAGAUGGUGUUCGAACCUUACAAGGGGCCAUAUUCCGGAAUUAAUAUCCAAAGACGAUCUUGAUUCGGCUGUGAUGGUCAUGACCAACGCAAUUUUCUUUGAUGGAGUCUGGCGGAAACCAUUUGCCGAAGAGACUUCAUUUGAGUUUACAUUCUAUAGGACCCCACAUGAAGAAAUUCGGACCACCUACAUGACCCAACAGGGCAACUUUUACUUCUUCGAAUCGAAGAAAAUGAACGCCAAAAUCAUUCGUUUGCCUUACAAGGGAAAAAAAUUCUCCAUGACCAUAAUUUUGCCAGGAGCUAAGGGUGGUUUGGAUGAGCUCGUCCGCGAAAUUGAAGGGGAUGGCUUGAAACGCCUGCAGUGGUUGAUGGAAGAAGUUCAGGUCAAAGUGACAAUUCCACGUUUCCACUUUGAUCGCACAACCCACAUGAAGGAAGUCCUGGAGAAGCUGGGAAUUCAAGAGGUAUUUACCUUGAACGCUUCGCUCCCUGGAUUGGCCCGCGGCGCUGGUCUCAAUAACCAACUCAAAGUUUCAGAUAUUAUUCAAAAAUGUGGACUAAUUGUUAACGAGAAAGGCACUGUAGCAUAUGGAGCCACUGAUGUUGUAAUAACAAACAAAUUUGGAGACACCACCGUCCAUGAGUUCAUGGCGAAUCGGCCGUUCAUGUUUAUCAUAGAGGAUGAAACAACAGGAACAAUAAUAUUCGCUGGCAAAGUUACUGACCCCAAUAAGAAUUGAGACAGUAUGUAGUUCCUUAAUUCCUAAACAAGGACUAGAUAUAUGUAUUCCGGUAUUUUAUACUCAUACUUUACCCAUUGUACUUAAGUUCUUAGUUUAGUUGGUAAAAAAAUAAAUAUUUCUCCACAUAUAAAAAUUUACGCGAAA